UCUUCCCUUCAAGAUCAAACUAGAAACCGAGCGCUCUCAGAAGUUGUGUAUAUUUUUUUAGACAGAGAAAGAGAAAGACGAGCAAAAGGAACUUCCGCCAGCGCCGUCUACUCAUCGGAGCAGCUAAACUGCGGUGAUUACUCCCUCCCUGAUUGUGAUUCUGAUCGAGAAGAUUUGAAGACAAUUCACAAUGCUAGAAUCAACAGAGCAGAGAAACAGAAGCAAUAAACCAUUAGGAAUCAAAUGUGUGGAGAAUAUAAAGAAAUCCAAGAUUUCUUACAAAUCCUACCAAGCUAAUGUCCUCAUAGUAACAUUCUUAGCAUACGCAUGUUACCAUGCCACCCGGAAAACCACGAGCAUCAUCAAAAACGCACUCGACCCUCAAUCCUCGUCGGAUCUUGGUCUGCUUCACUUCCCAUUUCAAAGAGCUAGUUAUUUCCAGCAACCCAAGAAUAAUACAAACUCACUUUCACUUGGAAAUGGCUGGUACCCCUUCAACGGUUCUGACGGAACAGCCUUGCUCGGCGAACUUGAUGUUGCUUUCCUCUCGGUUUAUGCAUUCGGAAUGUACUUCUCCGGGCAUUUAGGUGACCGGUUGAACCUAAGAAUUUUCCUGACAAUUGGAAUGGUCGGAACCGGUGUGUUCACUGUCCUGUUUGGAAUUGGGUAUUGGGCCAAUAUCCAUUCCUUUUAUUAUUACUUGAUCGUGCAAAUGAUAACCGGUAUGUUUCAGUCGACUGGAUGGCCGUCUGUGGUGGCAGUUAUCGGAAAUUGGUUUGGUAAGAAAAAGAGAGGGCUUAUAAUGGGUAUUUGGAAUGCCCAUACCUCUGUUGGUAACAUUACAGGCUCUUUGGUUGCUUCUGCUUUGUUGAGCUAUGGAUGGGGCUGGUCGUUGGUUGUCCCUGGUCUUAUGAUUACUGUCAUUGGUGUUGUAGUCUUUCUGUUCUUGCCCGUUAGUCCUGAUUCCAUUGGAGCUUCAAUGGACGACGAGAAGGAUGAUAAUAAUAACUUGCCGUCUCCUAGAAAAAGAGGGGAAGAAGAAGAUAUUGAGGAGCCAUUGUUGAGCUCAGAAACAGAAACAGAAGAGGCCAGAGUCGAUAGAGCGGUUGGAUUCAUCGAGGCUUGGAAGAUUCCUGGUGUAGCCCCAUUCGCGCUGUGUCUUUUUUUCGCGAAAUUGGUUGCUUACACAUUUCUGUAUUGGCUUCCUUUCUACAUUAGCCACACAGCGAUUGAUGGGAAAUACUUGUCAAGCGACGCUUCUGGAAAUUUAUCGACUAUAUUCGACGUUGGAGGUGUGGUGGGUGGAAUCCUAGCCGGCCAUAUCUCUGACCGGCUGGAUGCUAGGGCUAUAACUGCGGCUAGCUUCAUGUACUGUACGAUUCCGGUCCUGUUUUUGUAUAGAAGCUACGGAAGUAUGUCGUUGGCUAUAAACAUAGUCCUAUUGUUCAUCACGGGGGUGUUUGUGAACGGGCCGUAUGCGCUGAUAACGACGGCUGUAUCGGCGGAUUUGGGGACACACAGCUCUUUGAAAGGAAAUUCUCGGGCUCUUGCAACCGUGACCGCUAUUAUAGACGGAACGGGCUCGAUUGGUGCAGCCAUAGGUCCGUUAUUGACUGGUUAUAUUUCGGCUUUGAGUUGGGAUGCGGUUUUCAGUAUGUUGAUGGCUUCGGCUCUUGUUGCUGGUCUUCUUUUAACUAGGCUAGUGAUAGCUGAGGUGGGUGCGAAGAUUGAGCACUCCAGAGGCCAAGGCCAAGGUCAAGGAGGGAUCAUACCGAUUUCAUCAUCGACAGUAGAUUCAGUUGAAUCGUGAUUGUCUUUUUUGAAAAGGGUUCUUUCUUGGGUUUAUGUGAAGAAUGGAAAACCUGGCAUUUUUUUAAUCCCUGGGUUUAUCAAGUCGGGCUAUUUUCGAAUGACGCGGAUCGGGUGGAGAUUAUUGGUCCGAGUGAUCUGGAGCCUGAAAGAUAAGAAAAAAAUGGGAAAAAAAAAAAGGUCCGUGUAAUUGUUUAUAUAUAAGAUGUAAAAUAUAUAAUAGUGUUAUUGUCAAAUGGAGGCAUAAUUAGGGAUUUAAAAGUAUGUGAUCCCAAAUAGAGAGCCCUGUUAGAUUAACCGGGUUUUCCCUCAUGCCUAAUUGGAUUCUUGAGAAUAAAAGAGCUGUUAUUCAUUAUGAUUUUUAUUUU